AUGAGGCCAGCUCCACCUGGGAAAAAGACCGAGUCCCUGACUCCGAAAUCAAGGAAAGACCACAAGAGAAACAGGGUUUUGAAACCCGAAGAUCCCCAGGAUGUGGGGGCCCCUACUCGAAAGCCAAGGAGUAAACUUAUCCAUGUGGACUUGGAUUCAGCCAUCCAACAUCUGGAAGAUGAAGAGAACAAAGGCAAAGAGUCCACGCUGGUGCCCCAAACUAGGAAACCAGUCGAGGCCGCCAAGUCCCCCGAACCUGAGACCCUGCCUUUUGGUGAAGGAACUCCGAAGAAAGACUCGGGCAAAGCCCUCGAGUCCCCCGAGAUUGAGAUCAUUCCCCCUCCUUCGACAAGUACGCCGGAGGGGAAAAGUGCUGAGAGGGUCGAAGCUAAUCAGAGCGCCCCGAGUGAGGAUCUCGGGGCUGUGAUAAUGGGUCACUCACCUUCUCUGCCAUCUUACUCCGAGGAGGCAAUAAAGGAUGCUCGGGCUCUGCGAAUGCCCGACCCGAGCAAAGUUCUCGAAGAAGAUCGUUUUCGGGAUUGCUUCAUCAGGGUUGAUGAUGUUAUUGACCUUAAUAAUGCAUCUACCCUCUUCGAAGAGGCUCAACGUCUCUUCUCUCAGGCCAUCAACAAGUUCAGGGCUGAGCUGAGCCAAUAUGAGGCCGAGCUCAGGAAGGAUUCGGGUGAAGAGAAGGCCCUAAGGCUCCUCUGUAGCCAAAAGGAGAAGGAGCUCAAGGACCUUCGAGCUAACUUGGCCAAAGCUCGGAAAAACGAGGUCGAGCUAGAUGAGAAAGUAACUGUGAUUUUAACAAAGUAUGGUCUUAUUGAUCCUACUUUUGUUGCAGAUAAAGAAACUGCUCUAGCCCAAUUGGCCUCGACUGAAACUCAACUCCGGGGCAUUAAAGUGAAGAGACUGGCCCAGUCUAAGAAAAUUGAGGAGCUAGAGGCAAAGCUUGUUGAGGCCGGGGCCGAAGUUGCACAGGCCAAGGCUAAAGUUGAGAAGACGAAGGCUACGGCUGAUAAGACUAUCGUCGUAUACUUAAGGGAUGCCGAGGUCGUUCAAGCGGAGCUAAGGGAGGCCUCCAACCGGGAAAAAUGGAAUGUUGUUAGCGAUUCCGAGGGCGGGGAAGAUGAAGAUGGAGUCCCCGAGGAGGAGGUUCCCGAAGAUGCGGCUCUCGAGGAUGCAGCUCCCGAAGAUGUGGUUCUCGGAGAUGUGGCCCCCAAAGUAGAUUAG